AUGUCCAAGCGCAUCUUGUUGGUUGUGGCUGUCUUUGCAAGCACCAUUCUCUGCACCACCUUCCUCUCGUCUCCAUUCUUCUAUGUGCACUCUCAACCAUUCAUUUCAGUGUCCAAAGAUUUUACUGCUGCUUUUGAUGCUGCCGUUCAAGAACUCAUUACCGACUCGGCAUGGGUCAGUUAUUAUUCAGAAAAUAUGUUUUUUGGAGUUCCCACGUGCUCAUUGACAAAACCAACGUGGCCAGUCAAAGACCCAUUCGCUUCUCGUACCAAUUCGUCGAGGAUUGUCACUUGUUUUGAAAUUGGAACACUCUCUCCAUGGUUGGAAACAAAAACAAAAUUGGCCAAUAAUAUUGUCGAUAAAAUCAAUGCUCACUACAAGACCAAUUAUAUAAAUGAAAUUAAAAGAUAUAACACUUCAUUGUUGGGAUUCUUUGACACCAUGAAGAAUGCUUUGGCUACUGGAGAUUGUGAUAUUGUUACUGCUAACACAAGACCAUCGACUGAACGAGCAAAAGUGGUUCACUUUCAAUGUGAUUUUGGAUUUGCCUCAAAUGGAUGGAUUCGAUCUGCAAAGGAUCCUCAACUAGUCAUGAAAGAUGUUUACGAUUUGAAUAAGACUGGAAUUCUUGUCGGUGCCUACGACGGAACCAAUUUUGCAACCUUUGUCAAGACACAACUGUCAGCUGCCACCUAUGUUCCAUUCUUUGCCGUCAAUCUUCAAUACGGAGCUGUGUUAAAUCAAACCGUUCAUGCCUUGAUUGGAGAUGCCAUUCAAUUCAAUUAUUGGAAAAAACAAAAUCAAGAUUGUGGCUGUACUGUUCAAGCAUAUGAUGUUUCUUUUGGAUUGGCAACUUUUACUUAUGGAAAUAUCACAGAGACAAGUGUUGCAUUAGGAAUUAGACAUUUCCAAUCUCAUUGGAUCAUGAUGGUCAUGGUCAGUAGUGUUUGGAUGGUCAUGAAUGUGUGGUUGUAA